CUAUAUUUCCCGAAAUGCAGCAGUCUUAAAUGCCUGUCGUCUUGCCUUCCGAUUGGCUACAUGUGUGUUCAAACCAGUCCGCCGAACUCCUUAUAUGGUGCUUCUGUAAAUGCUCCGCGUUGUAUCAAUGUUUUUAUGCUAAUUAUAUUCAAAUAUCCAGCUGUAUUCAGUCGUAGUACGGCAUGCGCAGUGUGGCGUUCAGCAAAGAGUAAGGAUUCAAAGUUUUUUUUGAUUGACCUCUUUCUUGGAUCAUAUCCUGCCCGUAUUUUGAGAUGUUCGGAUUCCACAAGUCCAAGAUCUAUCGCAGUAAUGAAGGCUGCUGCAUUUGCAAGACCAAAUCUUCCAGCUCUCGCUUCACAGACAGCAGCCGCUAUGAGGAGAAUUUCAGGCUCUGUUUCGGGUUAUCGGAAGACCGCUUCGGAGACAUUUGCAACGCUUGCGUCUUGCUGGUGAAGAGGUGGAAGAAACUCCCUACUGGGUCUAAAAAGAACUGGAACCAUGUGGUGGACGCCAGAGCGGGGCCGGGCUUCAAGCUCACCAAACCAAAGAAGGUGAAGAGCAGCGAGAAGCAGAAGAGCAAGAAGCUGAAGAGACUUCACAGUUUCAAAAGACAGAGUGAGUUAAGAUUUCACAGAAUAAAAGAUUCAGAUGCCCACAGCACCACCUCCAGUACAUCCCCUUCCCAGUCUCCCAGUUACAGCAACCAGUCCGAUGAUGGCUCGGACAUCGAGUCCAAACAGAAGCGUUCCUCCUCCUCUUCCUCCUCCGUCUUCUCAUUCCUGGAUCUCUCUUACUGGAAAAGACAAAAGGUAUGCUGCGGAAUCAUCUAUAAAGGCCGUUUCGGCGAGGUGAUGAUCGACCCGCGUCUCUUCAAACCCUGCUGCGCUUCCAAGAAGCAGGAAUCGCUGGCGCCCACGCAAGAGGCACACCUUUCUACAGCCCAGUCCGACGUGCUUGCCGAAGAGGACCUAAAAGAGACCUGGUGAUGGCUGUGGGCCUUGCCCACCCCCCAAGGUCUCCUUGGUUCCUCUUAGCGUUGUCUCCAGUGGUAGACUUAACCAUCAGCUUUCCUUCGGUAGUUUGCCAUUUAGGUGUUAGCGGUAAAUAGGUUCUUCUUUUUAAACUUUAUGAUGAAUCUUUUUGUCUUU